AUGAAGCUAGUAACUCUCUUCCUGCUGGUGACCAUCAGCAUUUGUAGUCACUCUGCUACUGCCUUCCUCAACAAUGCACCCCUUCUUGUUGACAAAGCACUACCUUUACCUCUGGACAACAACCUUCCCAUAUUUGAUCCAUUGGAGCUUCUGCUGAAAAAUCUAGGCAUCUCUGUGGAGCACCCUGUGGAUGGUCUAAAGAAGUGUGUAGAUGAACUGGGCCCAGUGGCAGCUGAAGCUAUGAUGAAACUGCUGGAGUUCCUAUUACACCUGGUGCUACGUUUGGAUAAAGAGAGAACAAGGAAGGCACAGGAAGGAGACUAA